AUGGGCGACUCCGGCGGACCCCACCACCACCGCCCUUCGCCGCCGCCGCUGUCGGACGCCGGCAAGCGACGGCGCCUCCCCAACGUCCGCCUCGCCGGCUCCGUCCCGCUCCCUUCCCACCUGCCCCACCCGCGCCGCGUCCCCAUCGUCCCCGCCACCAGGUCCCGCAAACCCCUCCACCUUCAGCACAACAGCAACCACCAUGACCACCCCCCUCCGCGGAGCCACCCCAAACCCUCCUAA